AUGGAUAUGCAAGAUAUAGACUGGGACUAUGAAGAGUUCGGAAGAAAGGAAGCAGAAGAAAAAGAAAUUAUGAAGGGAAUUAAAAAGUUUGAAGCAAGAACUAUUUAUAAAAGUAAAAAUUCUCCUCCUGAUGAAGCAUUUUUGAGAUAUGAGUUCGAUAGAGAACUUUAACAUUUGCUGGAUUAUGGAAACUUUGUUAGUGGUAAACUAACACAAAUGACAGCUUUUUCAAAUCCUUUAAAAAACACUUAUAGAAAUGAAGCUGCAAUUAAAGUUUAAUCUAAUUUACAAGCAAAAGUACCUGAAGAAGGAAAAGCCACUUUAAAAGUUAAGGAUUAAGAUGAAAGAAAACGUGUUGGAGAUUAGAUUUUAGAAUUUCCAUAAACUGCAAUUGGGUAUGUUUUAGCUGAAUUCAGUGAUAAUACUGUCUAGAGAGGGACAGGCAGUAUGGUUGGACCCAACCAUGUCAUAACUGCUGCUCAUAUAAUUUAUGAUAGAACAAAACCUGCUCGUAAAGUUUAAAGAAUAAGAUUUUGGCCUGGCUUGAAAGGAACAGAAGCUGUUUUCAAAGAAGUAGAAGUGGCUAGAGCUUUAGUCGUAGAAAAGUAUAAAAACACAGCAUUCAAGUAGUCUGAAGAGAAUGAUGUAGCCAUUCUUAUUCUUUAAUAAGCAGUCGGUUUAUCUACAGGAUGGUUUGGCCUAUAUAAUCCUGAAAAACCUGAAGCUAUAAUUAAAAAUUACGAAAUUCAUGGUUACCCAGAAGAUUGUUAAGAGUUAGUUUAGCACUGUGUAAAGAGUAAAGCUAUAAAACUAGGUAAGGAGGUAUAUGAAUAUGAAAAUGAUGCAACUUCUGGUAUGAAUGGAGGUCCUAUUGCUAUUCAAAGAGUUCAUUCAGAAACAUUUAUUGAGUAUUUUAUUUUCGGUAUACAUUUAAGAAAUAAAUCUUUAGCAAAUCCCACAGGUGCGAAAAUAGGUGUCCGCUUAACAAAAGAAAAGUUUGAUGAAAUAUAAGAUAUUAUAGAAUGGUUUUUCUUAAAAGAAUCAUUAGAUGAUACUUUCUAUUAGUAAAUGAUGAAGCGUUCUAACGAAUUUAGUAUUUAGUUUGAUACAAGCAGAAAUGUAGAUAUUUGCUAGCUCAAUAAUGCUCUCCAUGCCCUUCGUUUUAAUCUUCAUCUGUAAAGUCUUUCCAUACGCACAAAAACUGCAGAUAAUAAAUCAGUAAUUACAGAUGAAUCUCUUGAAAUAUUUAAGCACUCUUGUUAAGUUUUACGUUAGCUAAAAACAUUCAAAUUAGAUAUAUACGAAUGCUCUAAACUUACGGAUAACGGUAUUCGUGAUUUAGCAAGGGGUAUGCAGAACUUAAAUGAUAUCCAAAUUAUAAGUUUAUUUUUCUCAAAUGGCAAGUAAAUAACAAGUGCUUCAUUAAAAGAAGUUUUUGCUGAAGUUUGCCAUAUGCCUAAUCUUCACACAUUCAGUGCAACUUUGAUGAAUAUGGAAAGUAUAGAUGAUGAAGCAGUUAGAGCAGUUGGUUCAGCGAUUUAUAAAAAUUAGCACACCUUAAAAUCAAUCAAACUUCACUUCCAAACAAUACCAUAAUCAACAGAAGCUUCAUUCUAGCAAAUAGUUGGUGAUCUUAAAACAGUUGAAAGCUUAGAAAAACUAAGUGUAACAAUAUUUGGCUUUAAGUUUUCAGAAGAAAUUAAAAAUUAAAUAAAAACAUAUUUUAGAAAGCUGCAUUAGCUAACAGUUUUAUGA